GUUGGCCAACACUACUGUUCGCAUAAACAGCUGCUUGACUCACAGAAUCUGGCAAAUCUUCGCACAAAUUGCGACAAAGUUUUGUUUAAAAUCGUAUUGAGAGCCCGUAUUACCGCCCCAAGAUGAUUGUCUCCCGUCUGGUCCUUCCACUCAACAUGGCUCUGCAUCGGAUCUCACGCACGGUGUCGGAGAAGCCCCGAAGCCUCAACAUCCUGCGUCGUCACAUGUCGAGCGUCUAUUACCGCAGCGGAGCCAUUCGGCCCAAGCCAGAAGAGAUGCCAUUCGGUCUGCUGGCCAUCUUGUGUGCCGUCAUACCGGGUCUCUUUGUGGGUGCAACCAUUAGCAAGAACGUGGCCAACUUCCUGGAGGAGAACGAUCUCUUUGUGCCCUCGGAUGAUGACGAUGACGAGGACUAAGAAGCCCCCGCGCUCAACCUUGAUGUGAAAGGGGGAGUGGAGUGCAUCCUAGUCGGACUGAAUGUGUGGGCUUGUAACGGAGAACUUCAAACAAGCGGCCAAAAGUCUAUUUAUCUAUUUAUUAGCCACCAAUUUUGCAAUGUAAAUCUCUACUCUUAAGACCGUAAAUGUUCUUGCAUUUCAUGUGUGCUUUUUUCCCGCUUUGAUACUUUUGUUUUAACGAUUUUUCAAGAACGUUAUCCUCAAGCUCGAUGAUAAGCUGACGAAUGUUAGUAGAAUUAAAUAAAGUUUACUUGAUUAUGCUAAAUGCGUUUGCUUUGAGUCUUUCAAUUAUAUAAUUUCUGCCCAGCUGGUCAGAUUUAUAUAUGUAUCUUUUAAAUACAUAGAAACUACAAGAUAUAUAUCUGCUUAUAUUUUAAACAAAUUUAAAAGCAAUGUUUUAUAUAUCUAAUUAUCUUGGAAUAUUUUUAAGACCAGAUUUGGAUCUUCCAAGUAUAUAGAAACAACAAGAUAUAUAUCUGCUAAUAUCUUAAAAACAUUUCAAACAAGUUAAAAGCAAUGUUGGUUAUUGAAAUUGUGUUUAAAUGAGAUUUAAGGAUCCUAUAAAAUAUAUGCGUAUAUUUGUCUUUUAAUUGUGUUUAAAUGAGAUUUAAGGAUCCUAUAAAAUAUAUGCGUAUAUUUGUCUUUUAAUUAACCAACUUCCAAUAUAUGAUAUAAGAACAAAACUUUAAAAAACUGUAAACCCCGUUUUCUAUAAAUUACCCCCCAAAACAAAGACUUUCAUUUGCCGAAGUGGAAUUUCUUUUAUUGUAAUUAAAUUUGUUGGGUGUACAAAGGUAUGCUGCGCUGCUGCUGCUUUACAUUGAGUUGACGUUCAAUCUCUCUGCGUUUCAUUACAAUUUAUUCAAAUGGUUUUAGUUGGGUUUUUUUUUUGCUUCAAAGAUGCGCAAUCAUCAAAUUUCAACAAUCCUAUUUGUUUUAAUCGUACAAAUUAUGUUCUUUAUAUCGCUUUAAUAUAUAAGUAUACAUAUAUAGUAUAUCUGCUAUAUAUUUACGUGUGUGGUUGUUGUUGUUGUGUUGACCUGCGUAAAUAGUUUUUGUGAAAAGUAAAAUUGGAAUUGCCUCAAAUCUUCGGUAAAUCUCGCAAUAUAUCCCUUGAAUAUAUUCCAAUUCGGGUUUUGGUUAUGUUUUUUCCUUUUUAUAUAUUUUUUCUCUCAUUGUUUCAUGGUUUUUUGUUGGUUUCUGUUUGAGUUUUUUUUUUAAUAUUUUGCA